CGCUCUUCUGCUCUUCAGCUCGUCAUGCGUUCUACCAUUAUUCACAUGGUUCGAUGGACUUCCACGAUGGGAUUGCUGAAUAAGCAUGCUAUAUUUGCCACCGCCUUCCUCUUCCAACAUACUGCCCUUUCAAGGCUCCGAGUCGCUCGUCUGGACUCAUCCGAUGCCGACUGAUCAUUCAUCCAUUCUCCAACUCUGCUCUCUUCCAUAUGCUUAAGUGUCUGAGGGUGCCAAACACUUUGCAAGGCAAUAGGGCAUUAAUUGGGUCUAUAUUUUAGCCCAUCUCAGUCAAUCUGAUUGACUGCAAACAAAGCAAGGACCUCCGCUCAAACGUGUCGACGAGCAAAAAGCUCCUGCUCUACCUCUCUAUCCUUCCUAGUACCCUCUUGUCAUUCAACACAAAACCUAUCAACAUGACGGCAGACGUGAGCCAUGCAGCAUCACGCGUGCUUACCUCCAACAGUCCCCGCGACCCGAGCUUUGAUGACUUCUCCUUCGUCCCCUUCCUCCGCCAGAGCUACGGCUUCGGCCUCGCCAGUGAUGUACCCGUCUGCAAAGCCUACAGCGAAGGCCACUGCCCUCUGGGACCAGCCUGUCCCGAUCGCCACCCGACCCCAUCGCGUGUCACCACGUCGACCACCACCGCGUCGGGACUAGCACCGUCAACCACACAUGGGUCGCUGGUCUGCAAGCAUUUCCUCAAGGGACUCUGCAAAAAGGGUCUCAAGUGCGAGUACCUUCAUGAAUACAACCUCCGCCGCAUGCCGGAAUGCCAGUCCUUCUCGCGGUCCGGCUACUGUCCCAAUGGCGAUGACUGCCUGUAUCAGCACGUGCGGGAGCAGGCGCGUCUGCCCCCCUGUGAACACUACGACCGGGGAUUCUGCGAGCUGGGACCCCUAUGUGCCAAGCGGCAUGUUCGUCGCCGCUUGUGUCAAUACUACUUGGCUGGGUUUUGUCCGGACGGCAAGGCCUGCGUGGAUGCUCAUCCCCGGUGGUCGGAGAACCUCCCCCGUCCGCAAAUCCGGGUCGAGAAGACCGAAGAGGAGCUGGAGCGGGAACGGGCCUUGAUCCGGGAGGAGCAGGAGAAGGAGAAGGAGCGUGAGAGGGAGUGGAGGAGUGAGCGUGGUCGCGGUGGGGGCUUCAUGCGGGGUCGGUACCGGGGACGUGGACGCGGAUAGAAGAAGAAGAUGAUGAUGAAGAUGAACAUGAUGAUGAUGGUGGUAGGGGAAAGGGGUUGGUUGUAUUCAUUUUGCAGAUUUGAGUUUACAAAAUCGUCGAGAUACCCAGCUGAGAGGCAUGUUUACACUUAUUUUACAUGGUUAGAUCUAUCAAUGUUGCAUUUGAAUUAUCUUUGUCGUGUAUCUGAGGAUACAUAGUAGGGAGAUAGAAAUUUGAC